GACGUUGCGUUAUUUCGGGGAACAGAGAAGACUGAGUCUUUUGGAUAAUUUCCCAGCCCAACAAGGAAGCACCCAAUGUUGCUCUCCGCAGCUCUGCUGCUGCUCUCCCGACAUCUCUCCUCAUCCCGGGACUCGAUCUCCCACUUACCGCCGGAGCACCGUGCGUAAAAGACGCACAGGGGAGCGAAGGAGAAGGGGCGACCUCCCCAGCCUUUCCUGGGGCUCCGUAUCUGUGGAAGCAGGUGUAUUUCAGCUGCAUUUAUGCCAGCCAAGAUGUCUUCGCUGCCCUCGAGGUUCAUAUACCUGUGUUUACACUUUCUGGUCCUCUACUUCCAGCUCCAGGAAUGUCAGCAGAGCUCUGCUGAUUUCAAGUUCUACAUCGAGAACCACACGGGGAACCCGGACGACCUGAGCCGGAAGCAGGUCCGCAUCUACCAGCUGUACAGCAGAACCACGGGCAAGCACGUCCAGAUCCUGGGCAAGAAGAUCAACGCCAACGGAGAUGAUGGGGGCAAGUAUGCUCUCCUUGUCGUCGAGACAGAAACCUUCGGGAGUCACAUUCGAAUAAAAGGGAAAGAGAGCGAAUACUACAUCUGUAUGAACGACAAGGGCAAAAUAGUUGGAAGGACCGACGGGAAGAAGCAGGAGUGCGUCUUCGUGGAGGAAUUCCUGGAGAACAACUACACGGCGCUGGUGUCGGCCAAGUACAAAGGGUGGUACCUGGGCUUCAACCGGAAGGGCCGGCCCAAGAAAGGGUCCCGGACCAGCCAGAAGCAGCAGGAGGUCCACUUCAUGAAGCGGCAGCCGCAGGGCCGGGUCAACCCGCUGGAGGAGUUCCGGUACACCACCGUGACUAAGAGGACACGAAGGGCCCGGCGGUUAAAAGCCAGCUCCAGGAGGAACUGAUGGAACGGGACCGCCGGGCCGGGCUGGGGACCUGACAUCGGGACUACUGGUCCGGAGACCGGACAGCCUGGCUGGGACCGCACCGGGCAGGGGAACGGGACCACCGGGCCGGGACACCACCGGACCAGGGUCUGCAUCGGGCCGGGACCACCGCUGGGUUGGGACUGCACUGGACCGGGAACAGAACCACAUGGACUGGGCCAGAACCAGAAAGAAGCAGAAAGAAUGUGGUCAAAGACUCAUAGAAAGGAAGACUGACAGAACAUGAACAGAGUUUUAUUUUUGUACGUGGACGAGCCGGCGCCUCCUGCCCGGAUGGUUCCGGGUCGGCGUGGUUCCGCCGGGCCCGUGCUGUUAUUUAUACUGGAUGGAGGGACGCCGCUCUCCUCUCUGACGGAGGGGGCUGCAGCAGGAGCUGACGCAAUGUUAUAAAAAUCAGCCAACUAGAGAUUUAUUGGAAUACCUGUGGGUUUGUGUUUGUGUUGCCCCUGACGAUGCGGAUCCCAUACUUUCCACUGGAAUUAGACGCCAUGGAGAUGAACCGGAGAGGUGGCGGCCGCAGGUGACGCUCCGGCCGCCGCCGCCGCCGCUCGGAUAGCUGCGUAGCUCUGAGUGCAAUACUGAACAGGUCUUCCUCUUUCCUGCCGCUGUUUCCACACGUCUCCCCGCCUCGGCCUCUCCUGGCUGCAGGAAUGUGCUGAACCCUCCGAGGACUGUGGGAUUUCCAUCAAGCCUGUGAUUCAGCUCCGAUACGACAAGCUUUGACUAGUCGGGCGCUCGCCGCGGCUUAAUGGCUAAAAUAAACAAUGCACACACACAUCCAGCAGCUGAUGGGAUUCUUAAUCCCGGUCGUCUUCCAGCUUCGUCUGAAUCCCCGCUCCUGGCCUCGGACUCUCGCGGUUCAGGUCCGGUCCACCGCCGGACGCCUUGAUUGUCGCUCGUGUUGAGAGCUGAUGCCUGUUCUUCUACCUCCUGCUUCGGUUUCCUCCUCCUCCUCCUCCUGCAGCCGCCUUCGGGCCGUCCGAGCUCUGAAAGCAGCUCUCCGGACUGUCAAGGCUCCGGCUCUCGCUCUGGACUCCACACGAACCACGACAGCUGAGCGACUCGUCCGGGAUUCAGGGAUCAUUUUCCGCCCGUUUCUGUCUGAAUCCGAGAAGGAAAAAGCUGUUUCUUCCCUCUCCUGCCUUCAGCAGUCUGCCGGCAGGUUUUUGUACCAGUUGCUACUAACAACAUGACACAUUUAUGACUUCUUUUUUUUUUUUUUAAACAAAUGUAAGCAAAAAAUAAUUUUAUGACUAUUAUUAAGAUAUUUAUUGCCUCUCGUUGUAAAUAAAAUGUGAU